ACCCUUACUAGUAUUGCCCUCCCUAUAUUGGAUCUUCUCCCAUAUCAAAUGCAAGCUCCAGAAAAUGGCCGUUAAAGGCAGUAGAAGCGGAUUGAAAAUGUUACUGACCGCUUUAACUGCCACUGGUGCUGCCGCUGGCCUCUGGCUGCUUAUACAGCCCUCACAAUCGCGAAAAGUCACUGGCGACUCAAAGGUCGUCGGUCUUUACAACGCAACAGGGAAUGAUUGCUUUAUUAAUUGUAUCGUUCAAGCAUUAGCAAGUUUAGAAUCUCUUCUUGAUGUACUCCGUUCGCGUAAAUCUUUUACUCCAUUGAAUGAGGCUCUCGAGGAAAUCCUUCAUCUCUUGAACGGACAGACAAACAGAACACAGAACGUGAACAAACUUGUCCUCAAGCUGAAUUAUGCCAUUGGACGGAGUAUACAACGGUCUCGACAACAGGACGCUCAUGAAUUUCUUCAAUGUCUUUUGGAAACUCUUCAGAACCAACCUAGAACAACGCAGUUUCAAGCUUUAAAACAGUGCUACAAAGUACCCUUCCCAUGGCCAUUCAUCGGACGCAUGAGGCAGCGUGUCACAUGUGGUCGCUGUCUAUCUGUCAGCGACACCUAUUUCAGCACAUUAAGUUUAGAGCUGUCGCUUCCUCCCGAAAGCAUCAGUAAGAGCUGGAACAACUUGAGUUUGUCUCAAUUGCUACAACAAAACGCAUCCGACAGCAUUGAAGGGUACCACUGUACCAACUGCUCUAAAAAACGCCGAGUCGUAAACGGUAGCACCGUUGAGCCAACAUCAUGCACGCGUUCCCUAACUUGGACACACCUGCCAUCCAUUCUAAUUUUGUUUCUACAACGCUCCUACUACGAUCCUCAUCGGGGUCUUGAGCGAAACAAUUGUCGGAUAAACUACCCGCGUAAGCUGCAUGCCUCCGAUACGGACGCUCGAUCUUACGUGCUGAAAGCUGUCGUUGUUCAUAGAGGCAGUCCUUCUUUUGGUCAUUAUUCGUGCUACCGCACAGCUCUGGGCAGCUGGUGGCUUACAAGCGACUCACAAACUCGUAAAGUGUCCAUGUCCUCUGUGCUCGAUCAGAGCCAGAAAGUGUGUAUACUGUUUUACGAACGGGAAUCUUUCAUAGCCGGAGUCGAUCCUUAAAGGCAAUGAAAAGCUGCAUUAAACUGUCACAUGUCCUACUUUUUUGCUCCUACUAUUUUUGUGUAUCCAUCGUAUCUGUCGACGCAGCCGUUGUCUCUAAGGCAGCGAGAUUUUCAAAUGGCAGUUUGCUUUUGGCGGCCAAAGUGAACCACGACAAUGCAGCAGAUUCACAAGGGCAGUGCCUGUCUCACUCUCGUUUGUACCAUCACUCAAUCUUCAUUCACUCGCCAACGACCCAUCCCAGCUUUACAACCUUCCCCAACUAUCCCUAACUCUCUUGUCCAUCGUUUCAACCCAGUCCAAUUUGUUUUGUGUUAUCUUUUGUUUCGAGGAAGCUCUUCCUGAAGGUAUCGUUGCUUAACGAGCCUCGAAUUGAACCAUACGUUUCGUACGCAUCUUGUACAUCACACGGUGACCACAUUCACGGCAACGAAUGACCUCCUUGGCUUGGAUGGAGUUGUGAGCACCACAAUCUACAUUUCUGUCAGCAAACAUUCUCCAAAUAUGACCAUUUCUGAAUUUACGCAAAAAACUUACCAGCACACAAAUAAAUCAUGGUAGCAGGUCUAGGAGCGCUGAAACCAGCAGCACCGACAGUGGAAGGGUGAUAUGCGUCCUUGUUCAUUGUGAUAUUUGUGCAAAAUCGCUUUUUUUGUUUUUUGGGUGGGUUUGCUUGUGGCAGCUGGUGAAAUCUCCGAGCAGUCGCCCUAAGAAGGCAAAUGGAUGAUUACGAAAACACACAAAUGACCAUCAUUCCUCAAGGAUUGCAACCACUGUGUGCAUCAGAAACGGAAACAGUUGUUCAGUUGGCUUAAUUUUGUCGAUGUGUCUUGUUACGUUAAUUGAACUACUUGGAAAUGCCCAAAAUUAAAAUGUCGUUGUCUAAAAGCUGUUUAAUUCAUUAAUAACUCUUUUUGGAGAGCUGAAACAACGUGAAUGUUGAUGCUAUUUCCUAAAAGCCGGUACAUAGCUUUGUCACUAGCACCGCUUGCUUGCCAUGUAAAUUCUUCAGGGAAUCCCAUAAUGCGAGCUAUUUCACGGACGGUAAAAUACCGCAAACACAGAUCAUAUCUGUUCUCAAGGAAUGCUUUCUUGAUGUCUUCGUGGUCGGACAUCUGUAAUACAGAACCGGAGCCUUGAACGAGAUGUGUAUAUCCCCGUGUGAAACAACAAGAAUGUGUGUCACUGGGUUUCACUAUGUCUAACUGAUGUCCGUACUUUUGCAGAAUAUCUACUGGAACAGAAUGCUUCUCCAUAUUGACUUCCUUGUCCAGAUAAUUAUUUAUUGGUCGGAUUGUCUCCGCCUUAUCAGGGAAUGACAAUUUCGGAUUCCACGAAUUCUCGAUUUCAUCUCGCUUAAGACGCGCCAGUCCAUACCAACGAAGUCUAGAAUUUGGAAUGCCAAUUUGAAACGGACUCAGCAAGACUUCGUGAAACACAUAACCGCUGGCUUUGAGCACUUCCCGACACUUUUCUGCCGUCCAGCUUGUUUCAAAUCCAAAAACGUUUUCAAUAAAUAUGAACUUCGGUUUGUAUGAACAUGUCGGAAGGAUUUCAAGUACAUGCAGAAACGCUGCCGCCCUUGGAUCGGCAUGACCCUGUUGCUUGCCUAAGCGUGUGUAAGGUUGACAACUAGGACUUAGUGUCCAUAAAUCACAACGUAAGGCAUCUAAUUGUUCCUUCGUCAAUGUUGAAAUGUCAUACUUUCACCUUAUGUUAGUUAAUGUUACUUAAACCAAUAUUUACAACAUAUUCAUCAUACA